AUGCUUUUGCUCUCGCUAUUGGCCGUGUAUUUUCAGACGAUCCCCUCGUCCGCAGCUGUAGAUGAUCAAGGAUGUUCGGGGUGUUCGGCGUAUCAAUGUAUCGAGAAAGAGGCUUCCUGUGGCCCCCGCGGCUACCCGAUCGGCUUCGGCUGGCGGAAUUGCCGUGUUUUUGAGGACCCCGUAAUCCGCUCGCGAUUCACGCCGGCUGGCGUCGAAUGGGCCAAUUGUACGGCAAAAUGUCUGAUCGACGCCCUGCAACAAUUCAUUACGGCAGAACCGGGAGCGACGUGUGAUCGUAUCUCAUCGCGUGCGUAUUCCUCUCAUGUUGGCUGCUAUAUCCAAUGUGGAUUCUGUUCAAUAUGUGCUGAUAAUAAAUGGGCACUCGCCAGGGCAUAUAAUUAUGGUGAUUUCUUCUCAUUCCGUGCCCUCCAACAGAUCUGGUCCAUCGCAAAGGAAUGCGGCCCUUUUGCCUGUUUUUGUAAGGGA